GAAACAAAACUUUAAAUGAUAAAAAGUCAAACUUUGUUUUCCCCUUGUACCUAUUUUUUCUUCAAAGUCCAACCCACUCGGAAGAACAUCUGGCGUAAAUGGUGUGUCUGGCGACGGCGGACUUUUGUCGGGGGUAGCUUAGACACAAAUAAAAGAAAAUUGUGGUUGUGAUCUCCGCUUUGCGGUUCACUGCACGAUUCGAGCUCGAACUGCUUGAAAUAUCUUUUUCGUGUAGUUUGACAAGAGCUGUCAAACACUUCAAAGAAAAAAACACGUUUUAUCAUGCUCGGUCGAAGCAGACGUUUUUUCCGUUUUUUUUUUAUUUUCCGGGAAUUCCUGAAUCUUAUUCCGGUGGCAAAAGAACUUCGGCUUUGCAAAAAGUGGCAAUCAAGUAAAACCUUACGGCGGUGGCAGCAGCCGGAUGUUUACGGCACAUUAAAGGUGCCCAGUUUCUUUGGUUUCCGAACUUUUCAACUGCUGCUGUAGGAUUGUGGAGAACCGAAGAAGAUUCUUGGGCCAUUCCGCCAAAUUGUCGUGUCCUGCUUUGGACCGGAAUUGCCCAGGUUUGAGCCGGGCUCGGUACUACUGUGGAUCAGAUUCCGAUGGAAGUUGCAGAUCAUUCAGUGAAUGGACGUGGCCGAGCAGAGCUUGACCGCGCUGGAAAUUCUGUGAAGAAAUCGCUCCCGCUCGGUGCUCAUCUCGGGAAUCUUCACCAACCUGUUGACCGGUUCGUCCGACACCGUCACGACCGACGUCGAACUCGUGCCGCGAAGUCCUUCGGAGCUGUACGAAAUCACGUGCUUGAUCGGCGGACUAAUGACACGCUUGCCAACGGAUGGCAUUUUGCGGUAGAUUCCCUGCUAGAACGAACCAAAACCAAUGUCCAAGACGCCGUUCAGUGCCAGUGGACGAUCGGGGCGUUUGUCGUCCGUAUUCGUCGAUCUACUCCCGCAUGAUCGAGACCGCUCACCUCAACUCGGACGACGAGAUCAGUUUGAGCACCCUGGGACGCACCUACACGAUCGAUUUCCACUCGAUGCAGCGGAUCAACGGGGACACCGGAACGACGAGGACCGUCCAGCGAAAGAUCAAUCACGCACUGCUCGCGCAACCGCAGGGAACGAUGAUCAUAACCGCAGGCACUCCAACAAGUCUCUCAAUGGCCGCGUCUAUUUAGAGAAACCGGUGAGCCAAGCGCCGACCAGCUCAACUCUGCUCCACUCGCCGACCAACGUAAUGCCAGGAACAUCGGCUUCGUCGUCCGGAAGCCGCAAUCAACCAAAACGCCUUCACCAAAACAGCGCUGCACCACACGAACCAUCAGCGGAUGUCAACCAGCACGCUCCACCUGGUUUCGUUGGCCACGAAAAUGCAAUAGCGGAAGCAACCCACGAUCAUCUCCGGAGCUAUCGCCACGCCUAACAACGGAAACGAUCAGCUGAACGCAAUCUACAAUUCAGCGAUUCCAAGCAAUUAACCGUGUCACCAUCACCACCACACCGCCGCCCGUCAUCAUCAGCCGGAAGCCGGUUCCAGCAAGCGGUCCCGUCUGUACCAGACGCACCCCCACUUGUCGGGCACUUAUGCGUACAACGCCGAGCUGGGCAUUCUGACGUUUCCCCUCUCAAUCGCACGCAUCCCGCACACGAUCUCACAGCCCGGGCCAACUGAAGGUGUUGGACAUACUGAAGCACAAGGUCGCAAUCCCAGAGCAGCAGCAAAUCAAAAUCGCGUCCUGACGAUGCCGCGGGAAGUUUCGCAUCUGCAGCAAUGUCCAGCGAAUCUACAACAGCUGCGGCAUCCGGUUCGUCCACAACCUCCUCCGUCAUGCAGGAACUGAUCAACAAAACGACCACCGGAUGUUGAAACGGUGUGUGCUGCGGAAGCGAGUGCAACAUCCAGUUCGACACUAACACCUUAAUAACUGGCUGUAGAUCCAGUACUUCAACACCCAGUCCAGCCCGUACGUGUACCUCCACGGCAACUGCAAAGUGUUCUAAAAAUAAUCUCUUGCAGCCGGAGAUAGGUCGUGUAUUCCCAUGGUGGUACUAAGGCCCACAAUGCCGUUUUUCCCGACUAGUAUCGCAGGUAAGAUGAUAUCCCGGAAUACCCUAAAAAUGAUUCUUACUCUGCUUUUCCCUCCUAACAGGUAACCCUGAUAAAGCAACUUAACAAAAACUUUAACACAAUGCCGGAUCGAGCAGCUACCUGUUCCGAACCGGAAUUCGUCGGUAUUUUGAUCCAUCGGAACCAUCAACCCCAAUGCAGACCUCGAAUGCGCGGACGACGCGUCCGAAGUAAACGCAAUCACGGAACACGACCAGGACUACGUCGAAGACUAAACGUACGGAGACAGGACCAAAUACCUGCGUGUCCCACUGCACAGAUGGCGACGAAUCAUAAUUCUGAAAAAUGAGGGUCUUCGGGCCAGCCGAAACGACUGAUGAACGUGGCCGAUUACGCGCUGGCACCAGGUGAGAGAUUUGGCAGAGGCGAAACGAAAAAGGCCAUCGGAUUAAUCACCGGCUGACGAUGGGUUCGUCGGCCAUUGGAACCGAGAGCGCUGUUCAACAAGAACUUGUAGUCCUAGUUAGUGACCUUGUUCAACCUCAAGUGCAACCAUUUUUAAAACCAGCAAGAUAGAAUUAACAUAUUGUGUUUCAGAAUUUGUAAUUUUAUG